AGCAAACAUUCAUCCCAGAUUACAAUCGCAACUUCAGACCGCCAGCUUGAGAAUGGCUGCCAAUCAAUUCAAAACCGUCGAGCUCUUCGGCGGCGCCAUCAUCGCCGACAUCCCUGCGACAUUCGAAGACGUAUCCCAAAUUCGCCAAGUACCCGACAACCAAGAAGUCUACCUCGACAAAGAAGGGUUCUCAAGCAUAGUAUUCGACAUCCUAGAGCGAGUGGAGAAGAACAAUGAUAUUGAAGCAUUAAAAUACCAUCUGUCUGACAUCGUAGACGAAGAUGCAGGCCAGACAACACUCCAUAGCACGGGUUCCGCCUUUUUGUCUAAAAUGCCGACUACAACAGCCAUGACUCUCCUCGCUACAUCACCUCCUGGAGAAAAGCAGCGCGGGAGACCAAAUGAGCCCGAUUUUGUGGGAGUUCUGUUGAUAGUUGUGAGACUCCAGCAGCAGAAGACGGACAUUGUCAUUGCGAUUAAUGUUCCGCAUUUGCCCGGAAGUUACGUCAAGGAGGAUGUAGAUCCUGCUGCUGGCAAGUAUGGGAAUCUGCUCGAGGCUGGAAAAUUGGUCAAGGAAAAGGUUUUGGAGAGUUUUGAGAUCAAAGACUGGGGGUUGUUUGUCCAGGAGGCUUGA